AUGCCCAGCAUGUGGAGCGGCAAGGACAAUGGAGACCAGGACGGCCUGAGGGCUGAAGAACCACAUCCAAUUCCCAAUGACGAUGGAGCGUCGAGGUCAUCCAGGAGAAGCCAUCAACCAUCGAGGAGAAGCGAAGAGCCAACCGAGAGGACCCGGCUUCUCGACCGUCCUAGGCCACCGCCCAAUUCAGACGGCUACCUUGACCCAGAUGAUCCAGCAGUAUCGCCAUACAACCUCUGGACGGUUCGCGCUAUGCGCUACCUGACCAUCCUCUUCCUCGUCAUCACCUUCUUGUGGUGGGUACUAUUGCUGGUAUCCAUCUUCGUCUCCCCUCCUGGCCUACACACUCGCGGAUCCGGUUUCUUCGACUUUGCCUACACAUGUCUAACCCUCGGCAAUCUCCUCGUCGCAACCAUCUUCUUCGUUACGCCUGCCAGAGGUCUGCGCAUCACCACAGCCAUCAUCGCCGGACUUUUGGCUAUCGACAUGAUCCUUAUCCUAGCCGUACCACGCAUCAGGCUCGAGGAAGGUUGGGUUGGUAUUGCAAGUGUCGUCUGGGCUUUCGUCAUGGCUGUCUGGUGCAUUUUGACUGACCGUGUCGUCGCAUACGGCAAGCAUGAAGAGGAGGAACGUCUUACCGGUCGCGCUGAGACACGCCGCACACUAAAGGAAUGGCUCGCUGUCACUGUCGCUACAAUCCUCACCGUCAUCUUCAUUGUCAUUGUCAUCUUAAUGACCGGAACUCUCGGCAUGCGUGCUCGCGACGCAACACUCAAGAUGUAUGGCGACCGAAUCCUUGUAGACGGCGACAAGUACGCCGUGCAUCUCGCCUGUGUCGGAAACGCGUCUGAAACCAGCGGAUCCAAGGACCCUACUAUUCUCCUCGAGGCCGGCGAGACGCCACUGGAGUAUGACUUCGAGCACUGGGCUUACGCAGCUUACAAGAACGGUACCAUCUCCCGCUACUGCUACUGGGAUCGUCCCGGCUACGCCUUCUCCGACAAUGCACCCUCACCACACUCAGCCGGCAUGUCCGCGGACGCUUUCUCCGAAGCUCUUGCCAAGUCUGGAGAAGAGGGACCUUGGAUUCUCGUUUCCGCUGGUACUGGCAGCAUCGUUUCCCGCAUCUUCAGUUCGCGCCACAUGAAGCAGGUUGUUGGUAUCAUGAUGGUCGACCCCCUUCACGAGGACCUUCUUCACCGUUACGGCGGCGCAGGACGUGGUUUCAUCCUUUGGGCCUGGGGUAUCAUUUCGCCGCUUGGUACUGUUCGUCUUGCAGGCGCACUCUUCAAGGGUCGCACACGUGAGGACCGUGUAUACGGUCGCAACGCAUACCAGUCAGGCAAAUACAUCAAGGCGCAGCUGCAAGAGAACCUCGUCGCAGACAGCCUUUCCAAGAACGAGGUCUCCUCUGCUAGGAAUAUCCAGAGCGCCAACACUCCACUUGUCGUCGUGUCUAGUGGCAUCGAAGUCAGGAGGGACAGCGAAUGGGAGCGAAAGCAAAAGGACCUCACUACUCUGACAGACAACCUAGUCAGCUGGGAUGUUGUCAACAAGGCGCCUCACCAGGUUUGGAACACACUCGAUGGACGCACCGUCAUGGAGAAGCGUCUCAAGCAGCUCGUCAAGGCUGCGCACAAGGUCAAGAGCGAGACUGAACCCGAGAAGGAGCAGUAG